AUGACCUCCAGUCAGCUGAUCAAGUCCUGCGUCCUGUAGCUGGGGUCAUAGCGAUGGUAUUAUAAUCAUUUAAUCGUGAUAUUAAAUAAUUCGACUCCGUAUUUAAGCUAUCCAUUCGACGAUAUCAACAGCAAAGCAUCUCAGCAGUUAGAUACAGGGUUUCAAUAAAGAAGAAAGAUGUCCGGAAAAGAUCGGAUCGACAUUUUUCCCUCUAGAAUGGCUCAGACCAUUAUGAAAGCUCGACUGAAAGGAGCUCAAACUGGCCGGAGUUUGCUGAAGAAGAAAGCUGAUGCCCUGUCCAUGCGAUUUCGGCAAAUCCUUCGAAAAAUCAUUGAGACUAAGACGCUGAUGGGAGAAGUGAUGAGAGAAGCUGCCUUUUCAUUAGCCGAGGCCAAGUUCGCAGCCGGUGACUUCAGCACCACGGUCAUCCAGAACGUGAACAAGGCCCAGGUCAAGGUCAGAGCGAAAAAGGACAACGUUGCAGGAGUCACUCUCCCGGUGUUCGAGCAUUAUCACGAGGGAGGAGACAGUUACGAGCUCACCGGUCUGGCCCGAGGUGGAGAGCAGCUGUCUCGGCUCAAGAGGAACUACGCCAAAGCGGUGGAGCUCCUUGUAGAGCUGGCCUCGCUGCAGACCUCUUUUGUGACGCUGGACGAGGCCAUCAAGAUCACAAACCGGCGCGUGAACGCCAUCGAGCACGUGAUCAUUCCCAGGAUCGAGCGCACGCUCACGUACAUCAUCACUGAGCUGGAUGAACGAGAGCGAGAGGAGUUCUACAGGCUCAAGAAGAUCCAGGAGAAGAAGAAGCAGCUCCGAGAGAGGACAGAGAAGGAGAUCGCCCAGCGUUUGGCGGCACUGGGUCCUAUCGCAGAGCCCAUGAACAUGCUGAACGAAGAGGCCGACGAGGACCUGCUGUUUGAAUGAAGCCGCAGACCAACAUCAUAUUUAUUCUGUGCGCCUGCCAGGCCGAGCUUCACACGAAAGCUCUUGUUUUGUGUGUAUGUCGGUGCCGUGUCACUUUUUUUUGUUCAGGAUGAAUAGAAUAUAUAUCACAGACGGUGUAAAAAUUGAGUACGUCCGAAUCUGUAUCAAGUGCAAGGGUUUUUUACGUUCGAACAAAAAAGGAAAAGCUGUAAAAUAGUUGAAACGAAUUCGAAUGAUCAUUCCACGCUCCAGUCUUAUUGCAUGCGUGUUCAACCAGUGCGAGCUUCACCCUAAGUAGUGUGUGAUGAUAACAGAGUAUCCUUAGCAAACUUCAGCCCAGAUGCCCGUUUGUUUGGUCUCGGUGUAACGGUGUACCCAGAUUUCACUUCCUGUGAAUUUAAUUUCAAUAAAUGUGUGUUAAUGGUC